UAACUUACAGGUCUGCCGCUUUCGAUUCGAAAGAACUAAAGCAAACCCUACUUAAUUCUUCGAUUGUCAACCUCCUCAUUCGCAUUAUUUACAGUCAUGUCCUCUCACCCUCAUUAACUCGUUGAUGAUUUUGGUUGUUGGGAGGGGCUGGAGGUGGCAUUUCGGUGUAAAUAAGUGAUGAAGUUGAGGGCGGAGUCGUUAUUGCUGUCCUAGUGUUAAUUAUGGGCUUGGCUAAGGCGUGGAUACUCAGCGUGAAACCGGCGAACUUGGCCUUGUUACAGCAUCUCAACGGCUCCGUUCUUGGCUACAAGGAUGUGUGUUGGAGGUGCCGAUCCUCUGAGGCGCGGCAGAGUAAGCAAAUCUCAUGGUCGCUCGUCUGUGGCUUGAUGCUUUUAUGCUUAGGAAUUGUUUCGCUCUUCACCGGACACGUGGCCUCUGAUCUCGACUGGUAUUCUCAGCGACUUGUGAAACAAAGACUCUAUUUCAAAUUGGAUGGAAGUGAUAAAGGACCGAUUGAUAUAUGGAAAUCUGAAAAUGGAAAGCACUUCUAUGGAUGCAGCAAAAGAAGUCGUAAAUUUCCUCAUUCUGUACGUGAGCGAUCAUCGAAUGGUUACUUGCUUAUUGCUGCAAGUGGAGGACUGAAUCAACAAAGAACAGGAAUAUCAGAUGCUGUAGUUGUUGCACGAAUUCUGAAUGCAACUUUGGUGGUACCUGAGUUAGAUCAUAAUUCUUAUUGGAAGGAUAAUAGUGACUUUGCCAACAUUUUUGAUGUCAACUGGUUCAUUUCUUACCUUGUAAAAGAUGUUACUGUUGUAAAAAGAGUUCCUGAUAAAUUAAUGCGAUCAAUGGAAAAAAAUCCGUAUAGUAUGCGUGUCCCGAGGAAAUCCCCUCCAGAAUAUUAUCUAGACCAAGUUCUACCUUUACUUAAAAGAAGACAUGUCCUGCAACUGACAAAGUUUGAUUACAGACUGGCCAACGACAUUGAUGAAGAGCUACAAAAGUUGCGUUGCCGGGCUAAUUUUCAUGCUUUAAGAUUUACAAAACCUAUUCAAGAACUUGGACAGAAACUUGUCACGAGAAUGCGUGAGAUGGCAAAACGUUUUAUAGCAGUCCAUCUGAGGUUUGAACCUGAUAUGCUAGCAUUUUCUGGUUGUUACUUUGGUGGAGGGGACAAGGAGAGAUACGAGCUUGGAGAGAUACGAAAACGAUGGGAAACAUUACCAGAUUUAGAUGCUGAUGGAGAGAGAAGUCGAGGUAAAUGUCCACUUACUCCUCGUGAAGUAGGAUUGAUGCUGCGGGCACUUGGUUUUGCAAAUGACACAUACAUCUAUGUUGCCUCUGGAGAAAUAUAUGGUGGAGAAGAGACUCUGCAACCGCUAAGAUAUCUCUUUCCAAACUUCUAUACAAAAGAGACGCUGGCCAACGAAGAGCUGCAACCUUUUCUUCCUUACUCUUCUCGCCUUGCUGCCAUUGACUACAUUGUUUGUGAUGAAAGUGAUGUUUUCGUCACCAAUAAUAAUGGAAAUAUGGCAAGGAUUCUUGCAGGUCGAAGGAGGUACAUGGGGCACAAAAGGACUAUAAGACCAAAUGCCAAGAGGCUGAGUUCUUUAUUGAGGGGAAGGGAUCAAAUGGAUUGGGACACCUUUGCCAGAAAAGUGAAGGCAGUUCAAAGAGGAUUCAUGGGAGAACCAGACGAGAUGAGACCCGGACGAGGCGAAUUUCAUGAAUUUCCAUAUUCUUGUAUCUGCAAAAAGAGUGGAGAUCCUGAGCGGGAACAAAUAAGAGGAAAUCAAGGAGCGAGGGAGAGAAGCAAGGAAGAAGAGCCAGUUUUGGGAGCCUAGGAAGUUGAAAAAGUGUUUCCUUCAUCAGAGGAAAGAAGGAUGCCGCAUGUUGGAUUUGAGGACUAGAACUUGGUUGUUUGUCUGGCAGAAAAUUUGACGUAACAUGCCAUUUGGUUUUGAGCCAAAGCACAAAAGGGAACUUUAUCAUGUUCCUUCCCAUUUUACUGGUAGCACGUGGGAGGAAAAAAUUCGUAAGGGAGAGCCAUGUUUAAGAACUUUCGACUGUUCUGUUUGUUAGGUAAAUAGGUAUGUGUUUCAACUAUUUAUGGACUAUAUUUCAUUAAAGAACAAUUCUAGAGAUUGUUUUGUUUGAUGU